GCGCUAGCACCUGCCGCCACAUGCGGUAACGGGCAUUCCAAUGGCCCCACCGAGCCUCGUUUGCCACAGACACAGACGCACACACGGGUGGUGGCACGGCGGCCCACGACUCGCAGCGUCGUAGCACCGACGCCUCGGAUCAUCGCGCGCCCCGCCGCACGCCUUGUACCGCGCACCUCCUUGCCCGCGCCAACGUGCCCGAUUGCCCGCGCCAACGUGCCCGAUUGCCCACGCCAACGCGCGCCACUCAUUAUCCCGCGACCCCGCCGCCCUACGUCGCUCGCAGAAUCAGCGAAUGGCUGCUCGCUCGCCGCCUCGUACGCCGUGGGAUGCGGGCAAUGCUCCACUGCCGCCAGCAGAGGAGCCGCUUGAGUCACUCCCACCCCUCGAGUCGCCCUCGGGGCCGCACGGGGGCGGCCUCGCGGUAGCGGUGCGCGAGUCCCCGCGAUGGACGGCGGCGGGCGUGGGCAACCUGGCGCUGCUGGCGGUGUGCUUCGCGCUGGGGUGGGCGGCGCUGUUCGUGCAGGUGGCGUCCACCACCGUCGCCGCCAAGCAGUGGGGCGGCACGGCGCUGAGCACCGUGCCCUAUGGCGUGUUAGCGGCGGCGCAUGCUCUCUGGGCGCUCCCCGCGCAGCUGAUCAUCCGCGCAACGCACUCCGCGCGCCCCUCCUUCAUUGCGGGGGGCGCGCUGGGCGUCAUAGGGAACGCGCUGUUCGCGCUCGCUGCAGGCCUUGCGCACGACGCCCCCUCGCCCUCCUCCUCCGCCGCCUCCCCGCCCCCCACGCAGCCCGUCCCCAUGGCGCUGCUGUGCGCGGGCGGGCUGUGCGCGGGCCUCGCCAACGCCUACAUCAACUUCCUGCGCUUCGAGGCCGCGCGCUUCGCGCCCUCCGCUGCGCACCUCCCCACCGCGAUCUCCGCGGUGGUGGCGGGGGGCGUGGUGGGCGGCGGCAUGGGGCCCAUCAUCAGCCGCGUGACACGUGGCGUGAUUCCAGGCCACGAGUUCCUGGCGACGUACCUGGUGUCUUGCGCGCUGUUCGCGGUGGAAACGGUGCUGGUGGCGCUCGUCCCGCUGCACGCCACCCAACGCUGCCCACCCGAGGGCGGCCCGGGCAAGAUCGGCGGUGGCAGUGGUGGUGGAGGUGGUGGUGAGAGUGGUGAUGGCAGUGGAAGCACAGUGCCGGACAAGGCAGGGACGGGGCUGCAGGAUGGGCCUUGCAGGGAUGAUCACAUGCGCCAUGAGGCGGCGGGGGGAGCGCAGCAGGAAGGGGAGAGAGCGGUGAUGGUGGGGGAUGGGGAUGGAGAGCAGAGUAAAGAGGGGCAUGGGGGUGUUGCGGGUUGCUGCAGCUGCUCCUGCUCCAGGGGCGGAGGACCAACCAGCGGCGGAGAGAGGGUGGCUCUCGCCCGUGCAUGCAGCAGAGGGGAUCAUGGGGAGGAGGAGGAGAGUGGGGAGGAUUGCAGGGAGGAAGCAGGAAUGGGGGAUGCGCGCAGGGCGAGCAGCGCUGGUAAAAGCAGCUGUGGAGAGGAGGAGGAGGGAGAGGUGAUGGAGGGGGGCAGGGGGGAGGGAGGGGAGGGGGGAGAGGAAGGUGAUGCAGUGGUGGUGCUGGUGGGGAGUGGGAGCAGAGCAGGCGGGGCGGGAGAGCAUGAGAGGAGGCGGUGGUUUGACGUGAUGGGGCAGGCUGACGUGGUGGUGGCGGUGGCAGCAGCGACGGUGGCGUAUGCAUCGAUGGCCACCGUCAUGCUCACCGCUGUCAUCGCCAUGCUCGCCGUGCAGCCAGGCACGGGCAGUGUGGACCUGCAGGGCCAGUUGGGUGGCGUGAUAUCGUUUGGCGACACCAGCAACGUCAUUCUCGUGCAUGUCGAGGCCAUGUUUGUCCCGUCCUUCUUCACGCCGGUCAUCAUCGCGGCGCUGGGCAGCGAUGGCGCCAUGCUGCUGGGCUUCGUGCUGCUGCUCGCCUCGCAGCUCGCCCUCCUGGCCGGCACCUCGCUGCCGCUCUUCUUCCUCUGCCUUGCCCUGCUCGGCCUCGGAUGGAACCUCGCCUUCGUGGGCGCCACGGCCCUCCUCGCCACCGCGUACCGCCCGCAUGAAAAGGACAUGGUGCAGGGCAUCAACGAUGGCAUUGUGUUCGGAGUGAACACCGUGGUGGCGGCCACGGCGAGCGCGGUGCUGCAGCGCAUAAACAGCUGGCCCACCUUCCUCCUCAUCUACUCCCUUGCCUCCUCCCCUGCCCUCCUCCUCACUCUCGCCUUCUGGCUUGGCCGCCGCCACUUGUUGCCCUUCCAUUGGCCGGGAGUCAGCCCCUCUGCGCCGGCACAAUUGGCAGCAUCAGCAUCGGCGUUGCCGUCAGAGCCAUGCGCACGCGGGCGUGCACGUGGUGCAUGGGGAGGCAAGGGGAAGCAGCUGGUGAGGUCUCUGUCCCAACGGCUGGGGGUGAGUGGGAGGGUGGCCGGGAUGAAAUGGGGCUGACGGGCGCUACUGGUGAAGGCUGUGGGGGAAGGGGGCUGCAGUUGCCUUGCCAGGCUGGAAGAAAGAGUAGUGGGUGCACAUUGCACAAGCUGCACCAUUGGCAGAAGCAUGUUGAAGCUAGGGUGUAAGGAAUUUCCAUUCCUUACUGAGUCGUACGCUAGCGCGUACACCCGACUAUCAGAAUAAUUGAAUAAUCGUAAAGUGAGAGUACACACAAAUAUAUCUAAGUUUUGUAU